GCGUCGGACGCUGCCAAGGACCAGAGCAAGGCUAAGAAAGAGGAGCCUGAGGAGGAGGCCGAUAUGAAGGCGGUUGCCACCUCGCUGGAUGGCAGGUUCCUAAAGUUUGAUAUUGAACUCGGGAGGGGAUCCUUCAAAACGGUCUAUAAGGGUCUGGACACGGAGACGUGGGUGGAAGUUGCAUGGUGUGAACUUCAGGACAGAAAACUCACAAAAGUAGAGAGGCAGAGGUUUAAAGAGGAAGCAGAAAUGUUGAAAGGUCUACAGCAUCCAAACAUUGUGAGAUUUUAUGACUUCUGGGAAUCCUGUGUAAAAGGCAAAAGAUGCAUCGUGCUGGUUACUGAAUUGAUGACCUCUGGAACACUAAAGACGUAUCUGAAGAGAUUUAAAGUGAUGAAACCAAAAGUCCUGCGUAGUUGGUGCCGGCAAAUCCUGAAGGGUCUUCUUUUCUUGCACACAAGAACUCCACCAAUAAUUCACAGAGACUUAAAAUGUGACAAUAUUUUUAUUACUGGACCAACUGGAUCUGUGAAAAUAGGAGACUUGGGCCUGGCAACCCUCAAGAGAGCUUCGUUUGCCAAAAGCGUAAUAGGUACACCAGAAUUUAUGGCUCCAGAAAUGUAUGAGGAACACUACGAUGAAUCUGUGGAUGUCUAUGCUUUUGGAAUGUGCAUGUUGGAAAUGGCUACCUCAGAAUACCCUUACUCAGAAUGCCAGAAUGCUGCUCAAAUUUACCGGAAAGUAACCUGUGGUAUAAAGCCAGCAAGCUUUGAGAAAGUUACUGAUCCUGAAAUCAAGGAGAUAAUUGGGGAGUGCAUUUGCAAAAAUAAAGAAGAAAGAUACGAAAUUAAAGAUUUAUUAAGCCAUGCCUUUUUUGCUGAAGAUACUGGGGUAAGAGUGGAACUUGCAGAAGAAGACCAUGGUAGGAAAUCCUCUAUUGCCUUAAGACUCUGGGUAGAAGAUCCUAAGAAACUGAAAGGAAAACCCAAAGAUAAUGGAGCCAUUGAGUUUACUUUUGAUCUGGAGAAGGAAACUCCUGAUGAUGUUGCACAAGAAAUGAUUGACUCUGGAUUUUUUCAUGAAAAUGAUCUCAAGAUAGUUGCGAAGUCAAUACGUGACAGAGUAGCGUUAAUACUAUGGAGAAGAGAGAGAAUUUGGCCUAGGAUGCAGUCAGAGGAACGUCGGGACUCGGAAUGUCUGGAGAAGUUGAAGACGCCGCAUGCACAGCAGGUCCAGGUCACCUACCUUUCUCACACUGGUCACCAUGUCCUCUCGGAGUCGGAGGAGCCUGAGGCGGACCAGCAUCCCUUUCAGCAAAACCUGCCCACCAGCGUCACGUCUGUUGCAUCCGACAGCACAUUUGACAGUGGCCAGGGGUCCACUGUUUAUUCAGACUCCCAAAGCAGCCAGCAAAGUGUCAUCUACUCGUCUCUGCCUGAUCCAGUCCCUCCUGCUAUCCAGCGGGUGUACAGCCCACCUCUGAGCGAGAGCCAGGCUGUGCCCCAUAGCCUUCAGCAGCUGGGGCACUACCAGCAGCCCUCAGGACCUGGCCUCCCCGCGGUUCAGGCUGCGCCGGCGGUGGUCUCCCAGCGGCCCCAGCACUACCAGGAGCCGGCCAUGCCAUUCCCCGUCGUCCAGCCCACCACCGUCUCCUCCCUGCAGCUGGGGCAGCCGCAGCCGGCGCUGGCCGGCCAACAGCAACCCAUAUCCCAGCAAGCUUCUCUGCAGCAGGUGCUUGCCAGCCAGCCCGUUUGCCCAAUCCAGCCUGCAACCCAUCUGUUACCCCAGUAUCAACCCCAGACCUCUCAGGUGGCAGCUAGCAGUACACCACUAAAACCCCUUCAGAUUUCAGCUGUGCCACAGCUUCCACCGGUGGCCCCCUCCCAGAUUCCUCAGUUUCCUGUCAUUCCUGCAAUUACUCCUCUGGCAGGACUUGACAGCCUUCCUCCAAACCUCUCUGAUAUGCCUGCUGCAAACGUGCCCCCCAUACCUGCUCCUUCUCAGUAUUUUGCUCCAGCCGUGAUUUUACCCAGCCUCCCCAUGAACCCCACUCUGCCUAUGGCACCAAACUCCCCUGCCCUCCCCAUGCAGGCAGUCAAUCUUCCUCAUACCACCGUGGCUUCUUUGGUCUUGCCCUGCCAAACGAUAGUGCCAAAUAUGUCGGCUGCUACGAUACCGCUGCUUGCCGUGGCUCCGCCGGGAGUGCCAGCGUUGCCACCGCAUCACGGGGUGCCCCAGCUCCCCCAGCAGCAGAUGUACCAGACCACCUUCCAGCAGAUCAUUCAGAGCGAAGCGCCCUCUCCCCAUCACGCGCAGAGCACGCAAGCAGUGUCCCAGCCGCAGCAGCCUCCUCCUCCUCCUCCUCAGUCGCUUCAGCCAAGCGUAAUUCAUCCUCCAGAACAGACUCUGGCCGCGCCUGGGGCUGGCCACCAGCAGAUUACUGGACACACUCAGUAUGCUUUGGAAGCUGGAGCCCAGGUGCCCGUGCUGCCUGUGCAACCUUCAAUAGUCAUGUCACCGCCUUUGCAGUUGCAGCCUGAACUGUUGCCUCCCCGCGUCGCUCCAGAAGGCAUUUCACAGAUUCAUGGCAGCCUUGCUACCGCUAGUCCGCCUGUCCCCAUAGAUCACGGUCUGCCUCUUCAGCCUUCUGCUCUGCUGCAGCUUCAGCCCGAUCUUUCCCAGCCGCUGGGUCAGCAGCUCCCAGCUCCCUGCUCAGCCGUCCAGGCAGUCGCAGAGACAUCUCAAGAGGAGCAGGCAAUACAGGACAAACUUCAAACUCUGUCACAGAGCUGUGAAAGCUACAUGAGUCCAGAUGUUGCUUCAGGUAAAGAGAUGAGUGACAGCUUUGAAGGAGCAAUAGGAAGUGGAAAACAAGAAGGAAAGUCUUCGAAGAAACAUAAGAAAUCUACACGCGCUCGUUCACGCCAGGAGAAGUCCAGCAGACCAAAACUGACCAUAUUAAAUGUUUGUAACACGGGUGAUAAAAUGGUGGAGUGCCAGCUUGAAACACACAAUCACAAAAUGGUGACUUUUAAGUUUGAUUUGGAUGGUGAUGCACCAGAGGAAAUUGCUACCUACAUGGUAGAGAAUGAAUUCAUAUUGCAGAGUGAAAAAGAGACAUUUAUUGAACAAAUGAAAGAUAUUAUUGAUAAAGCAGAAGAUAUGCUCAGUGAAGAUACAGAAGGAGAACGAAGUUCUGAUCAGGGAACGAGUCCCCAGCAAGAUACCAAUAGACUGGAAAUGAACGAGGAGAAGCGGCAGUCUCAAAUGAAGACACCCGUGUAUCAACAAAAUGUUUUGCAUACUGGAAAAAGGUGGUUUAUUAUAUGUCCUGUUGUGGAAAACCCCACUACCGAUGCACCAGAAUUUUCUCCACCCGUACCUCAGAGUACACAGCAGUCUGAAGGGCCAGACCUGGAGCAGUCGGACGAUCAGCAAGCGAGCUCCGCGGUGACGGAUCUGCCUGGCGCCUUAGCUGGUCAGCAGCUUCCCCUACAAGCGGGCGUAUGCGACAGCCCCGUCGGAGCCUCUCCAGCUUUGGCCCAAGUCCCCGCCACAGCACCUUCCGCCGGCUUACCGAGCCAGGCGGAGUUCCCAGCUCCGGCGCUGCCGGGACCCGCCCCGAGCGCCGGGGAGCCGGCGGCUGCCCACGGCGGCCAGCCGGAGUAUUCUCCGCUGAAGGCGCAGCAGCCCGGCACCGCCGAGUCCGACGGGGAGGGGCCGCCCCGGGUGGACUUCGUGGACAACACCAUAAAAAGCCUCGAUGAGAAACUGCGCAAUUUGCUUUACCAGGAGUACGUUCCUACUUCCUCUGCCUCGGCGGGGACUCCCGACACCUCUGUCCCACUAGAACAGGGCGACGCUGAAUUUAGCUUGCCACCUUUUCCCGAAGACCGGGUUCCCGCAUCGGCGUCGGAUGUGAGAGAACAGGAGAGAGGCCAGGAGGCGAAAGCUGCUGCCGAGGCCCAGUCGGUGCCGCUCGCCCCACCCGAGGUCUCGCCCUACCCAGCACCGUUUGAAAAGUCGGAGGUCACCGGCAUCAGUGCUCAUUCCUCAGAAGCAAGAGGUGGGUCAGCAAGCAGAAAAGGUUCAGCUGCAAGCAUCACUUCAGCUCCUGCUGCUACAACAAAAGGCCUCCUUCAGGUUGCACCUACACCAUCAAGCAUAACUAAACAGAUGGAAACUUCUAAAAGGAGCGAGAAGGCAAAGACUAUGACUUCGUCUGCACACACAGAUAAUGUAACACAGAUAUCUACAGCAGAUGGGGUGAUAAAUAACCUUCAAAGGGAUGACUCUCUAGACUCUGGUUCCUAUGGAAAACAGGCUGAAACUCAUGAUAGCGGUACACCAGCCAAAACUAUUGGCAGGUUUUCAGUAAUCAGCACGCAAGACGAAUUAACUUUAACAGCGCCGCACUGCUUACGGUUCUCGGCACCCCCAGAUGUCUAUUUGGAUGAGCUACCUUCCAGCCCUGAUCUGAAGACAGCUGUCCGACGGGUGCAGACAGCCUCUUCUGUUGAUGUCCUCUGUGACCAGGGUUCGAGUGAUUCUGCUGAUGAGCCUUUCCAUCGUCAGACGGCUGCUGCUGCCCAACUGUCCCCCCCAAGCAGUAGUGCAGCCACUGACUUAAUUAAAAAAGCAGCUGCUUUUCUGCAAAGAUCUGGCAAAGCUAGCUCGCCAGGCCUUGAUUCACCUAAUGGGCAAGGAACAAAAAUUCCUACCAUCAACAUAACAUCUUUCCACUCGCAGUCAUCAUACAUGAGCAGCGACAACGACUCGGAAUUUGAAGACGCAGAUAUGAAGAAAGAAUUGCAGAACCUGAGAGAAAAGCAUAUGAAAGAAAUUGCUGAACUUCAGACUCAGCAGAAGAAUGAGAUAGAGGCACUGUAUAUUCGGUUAGGGAAACCCCUUCCUCCCAACUUGGGGUUCCUUCACUCAGCCCCACCAAGCAGCCGUCGCCGAAGAACCAGCAAAAAUAAAUUGAAAGGUGGAAAACUAUUAAACCCUCUGGUCCAGCAGCUCAGGAGUGGAACAUCAAGCACAAGUAAUCUUUCAGACUCUAAAGACUCACCCCACAAAGAAACAACUAAAACUCAGCCUGGAUCUCCCGAAGCAGCAGCGGUAACUUCCCCUGCAUCAGCCACCUUCGGGAAGGCUGUUCAGACACAGCAGCCGUGCUCUGUCAAAGCCUCUUUGUCUUCUGACAUCUGCUCCGGCUUAGGCCCCGAAGGAGGUGACGUGAACGCAAGCUCUGGCCAAGGCUGGACGGUUUUCCACCAAACGUCUGAGAGAGUGACCUAUAAAUCUAGUAGCAAACCUCGUACCAGAUUCCUCAGUGGACCUGUGUCUUUGUCCAUCUGGUCCACCUUGAAACGACUAUGUCUAGGCAAAGAUCACAGUAGUAGAUCCUCAACAAACAGUCUUGUAACGUGUCCUGAGCCCCUCCCGCAAUCAACCCUGCAGGUUCAGGCCAACAACAGUAACAACAAGAAAGGGACGUUCACAGAUGAUCUUCACAAGCUGGUUGACCAGUGGACAAGCAAAACUGUUGGAGCUGCACAGACAAAACCUUCCUUAAACCAACUGAAGCAGAACCAAAAAAGGCAAGACAUGGAGCCAAAGGCUAAUCCCAUGCAAACGCAGAAUGAGACAUGUGGAGUUAAUUCGGUAAGAACGGGAUCGGGGAAAAAGUGCGUCGUUCCAGCGUCUCGCCCCGUGCCCGCCGCGUUAGCGCCUGGAGUUUCGCCGUCCCUGCCGGUGCCCGUGCCAGGUUUUAAUUAAGUUUACGCUCUAGGUGGUAUGGACACCUCUCUCCUGUUUGAAAGUUGCUUUUUGCCAGUUUUACCGUGCAUAGAGUCUCCGCCUGCACCUCUCAGUCUAAAGGCACAAGAUAACCACUAA